CGGAUGCAGUUGUUUUCUGGUGUCAACAAUAACACGUUUAUGCAUUCUAUUGGUUCUUUCGUGUUCACGAGUCAGUUCUCCUCCUUGUGAAUUGGACCUGUCAUCGUACACCAUGUUACUCCGUUUGGGAAUAAUAUUGUCCUUGCUGUGCUUGGUCUCCUGCACGCUGUCACAGGGCAACAAGAAGAAGAAGACGGAAAGUAAGGUUUCCGGUUCAGUAAACAAGACUGUGUUUGAGCGUGGACUAGUGACUGAUCGUCCCAAGUGGAAGGACAUCGUGGACAACCAUGGCACUUACCAUCGCAACACUGCCUUUCGAGCUGUAAAUGAUAUGACACUUGCUUAUGUCACUCCAUGGAACAACCAUGGAUAUGAUGUAGCCAAGUUUCUGGGUGGCAAGUUUACUCAUAUUUCACCAGUUUGGCUCCAGCUGAAGCAUCAUGGAGGGGACACCUUCAUCACUGGGGACCACGACAUUGACCAGGGGUGGCUCAAGGAAGUUCGGAAGGCUGGAAAGAGUGUUAAUGUUAAAAUUGUCCCACGUAUUCUGUUUGAUGGGUGGCAAGCUCAUGACUUCAGAGAACUCUUUGAUUCAGAGAUUCAACGCAGCAAACUAGCUAAUGAUAUCAUCAGUAUGAUCAGGAUGCAUCAUUUAGACGGCAUCGUUUUAGAGAUUUGGAGUCAGAUGCCAACGCGUGAGCUGCUUGAAAACUUGCCAAAUUUUGUCCGUGAACUGGCUGUUAAGAUUCGUAAUGCUGGCUACACAUUUAUCCUGGUCAUCCCCCCAGCUGUGUACCAGAGGAAUUCUCCAGGCUCCUUUUUAGGACAACACUUCAGAGCAUUGGUGGAUGUUGUGGAUGCAUUUUCUCUCAUGACUUAUGACUUCUCAAGCUUCCAGAAUCCAGGUCCCAACGGUCCUGUGUGGUGGGUACGUGACUGUGUUCAACGACUGGUUCCCGAUGCCUCAUCUCCUGAUCGUGCCAAGAUUCUUCUUGGGCUCAACCUGUAUGGACUGGACCACAGUGUGACAGGAGGGUCUCAUCUACUUGGCUCCCAGUACAUCAACAUCUUGUCUACUCACAAACCCAAAUUCAUUUAUGAUGAUGAGUCAAAGGAGCAUUAUUUUGAGUACAAAACGAAGACAGGUCGACACAUGGUCUUUUAUCCAACAUUAUAUUCCAUUAGUACUAGAGUGCAACUGGCAUAUGAUUUAGGCACUGGGAUAUCUCUGUGGGAAAUUGGACAAGGCCUUGAUUACUUUUAUGAUCUGUUAUGAUAAAGUGAUCUUGCAUGUCCUUUAUUCUACUGGUGCUAAAACCUAAUUGUGCCCAAGUUGUUUAAUCUUUCUCAAAAUUUUUGGUACUUAUUCAAAGGACUACAGUUAAACCUCGAUUUAAUGGACCAAAUUUUGUUUGGGCACAUUUGCUGUUAGCUCUGACUCAGAAUAAAAGUAUUCUGAAUCACCACUAACAAUCACGGCAAAUUAAUCUCUUCUAUCAUUGACAAAUGGUGAGUAAAGUACAGUCGGCCCUGAACAUACGCGGGGGUUACGUAACAGAGAUACCCGUGGAUGUUAAAAAUCCGCAUAUAUGUGCUGCUGCUGCGCCCCCCCCCCAAAAAAAACUUGUCCCCCCCAU